AUCGUCCAAAAUGGAGCCUCUCGCUGCCUACCCACUAAAAUGUUCCGGGCCCAAAGCAAAGAUAUUUGCAGUUUUGCUCUCUAUGGUUCUGUGCACCGUGAUGCUUUUUCUCCUUCAGUUAAAAUUCCUGAAGCCGAGAAUCAACAGCUUCUACUCCUUUGAAGUAAAGGAUGCCAAAGGAAGGACGGUGUCUCUGGAAAAGUUCAAAGGCAAAGCUUCCCUGGUUGUAAACGUGGCUAGUGACUGCCGCUUCACAGACAACAGUUACCAGACUCUCAGGGAGCUACACAAGGAGUUCGGGCCCUAUCACUUCAACGUCCUGGCUUUCCCGUGCAAUCAGUUUGGAGAAUCGGAGCCCAAGUCCAGCAAGGAGGUAGAAUCUUUUGCGAGAAGGAACUACGGAGUUACAUUCCCCAUCUUCCACAAGAUUAAGAUUUUAGGGCCGGAAGCAGAACCUGCGUUUAGAUUUAUUGUUGAUUCUUCCAAGAAGGAGCCAAGGUGGAAUUUUUGGAAGUAUCUGGUCAACCCCGAGGGACAAGUCGUGAAGUUCUGGAGGCCAGAAGAACCCCUUGAAGCCAUCAGACCUCAUGUAUCACAAAUGAUUGGGCAAAUUAUUCUUAAAAAGAAAGAGGACCUAUGACAGCACUGUGGAGUCAGGCCAGUGCGACAGGACAGAGAAGCCUCCUUUUAGAUUCCAAACCAUACGGUACAAAAAGAUGUUUAAGGCCAUCUUACUAUACUACUCAGAUGUAAUGGCUGUCCCCAAGAUAGAAAUGUUACCUAAAGAGGGAAGAUAGGGGCUUGGGGGCCAACCCAUGAUGAAGUAUAUUACUUCUAUUCACCAGAAGGAAAAAUCUAGAAUGUUCAGUCACCGAUACCCUUCACUGUUGUCCAACUUAACUUUCUCUAGGAUUAACCUUGUGGGAAAAGCACACACCCCGUGGGAUCCGGAACACUGUGAGGGAGGCAUUUUUGGAGUAACUAACUCUAGCUGUAAUAAAAUAUAUAAUGAAUGUUGCAAAAA